AUGGAGAAAAUGGGACAAAACGAGCAGCAGGAGACUGUUGCUCCUUCUGGUCAUGAGGUACCUAGUUCUACCGAUACCCCGCAGCCCGUCAAUCCUAUGAUUGUGAAUGGGAACAGUAAUGAGAUGCCUUUCAAAGAACUAUAUGAUUUCAGCCAAUCUCUAUGGGACCUCGUCCUACAAACGCCGAGCCUUGCGGUUCUACCGGAUCUAGAUGCAUUAUCAAAAGCCCGGAUGACUCUUCUCGACGAUCUCCCUGAUCGAGGAUAUGGCUUKGAAAGGACGAAAGACCACUUGAUCCAUGACAUCGUACCGGCAUUUAACGCAAGUAGCCUAAGUCCGAAUUACUACGGCUUUGUUGUUGGCGGUGUCMCUCCAGCCGCUCUGUUAGCCGACAAUGUCGUUUCGGUGUACGACCAAAAUGUCCAAGUCCACAUGGAGGAACAUUCCGUUGCCACGGAUGUCGAAUUCAAAGCAUUGGGUCUUGUAGUCGACCUGCUGAAACUCAAUCGACAGACCUGGCACAAUGGGACCUUCACUACUGGGGCGACUGGAAGUAAUAUAUUAGGGUUGGCUUGCGGAAGGGAGUAUGUUGUACGAAAAGCGGCAGAACGACGUGGCAGUCCGAUCUACAGUGUGGGAGAACACGGGCUCUUCGAAGUCAUGCAAGCUGCUGGCCUUACAGGGAUUCAAGUUCUGUCUACAAUGCCUCAUUCUUCAGUUGGAAAAGCAGCAGGUAUUCUCGGCAUCGGACGUUCCAACAUGAAGAACAUUUGCACUUCUCCCAACAACCCUCUUGAAAUUGACAUGCAAUUGUUAGAAAAGGAACUCUCAAGAACGGACAAAGCUAGUAUUGUGUGCAUAUCCUGCGGAGAAGUCAACACAGGCCAUUUCGCGACAAAUGGCGGCAAGCAAAUGCGCGAGUUACGGCGAUUGUGUGACAAGUACGAUGCAUGGAUUCACGUUGAUGGUGCAUUCGGCAUAUUCGGUCGUAUUCUGGAUGCAUCAGAAGAGGACUACGCAGCCAUCACACGGGGCAGUGAAGGCAUGGAACUUGCAGACUCAAUAACAGGAGAUGCUCAUAAAUUUCUCAACGUCCCUUAUGACUGCGGUAUAUUCUUAUGUCGCUAUUCGUCGAGCGCAAUUUCACAGGAUGUCUUCCGUAACGCAAAUGCGGUAUAUCUCAACUCAGCGGCUAGCGGUGGUUCCCAGGUUCCAUCACCGUUAAACAUUGGUCUGGAAAACUCGCGACGCCUAAGAGCACUACCCGUUUAUGCUUCGUUAAUGGCAUACGGAAAGAACGGCUUCAAGACUAUCCUUGAGACACAAAUCCGCCUUGCACGCAUGAUAGCAGGCUGGUUAUACGAUCAUCCUGCAUACACACCCUUGCCCCUUGCUGCAAGUGAAGAUGACCUCUGCGCUCAAACAUUCAUGAUUGUGCUGUUCCGCGCAAACGAUGAGCAACUGAAUCAGCAGUUGACCAAGAAGAUCAAUGCGACUUCGAAAAUGUUUGUGUCGGGUACGUCCUGGGAAGGGAAACCGGCGUGUCGUAUUGCAAUUUCGAAUUGGAGGGCUAAUGUGUUGAGAGAUUUUGCGCUUGUCACUGAUGUGCUUGAGAAGGUUGCAUCGAAUGGUAAAUAG